UUACAAGAAAUCACCUGAUAACAGUGUAGCACCAGCGUCAGAGCCCGAGGAGAGAUAACAAAGAUAUGCAUCAAGUGAUGGAUUAGAUCCUGACUGUGAAAUCUAAACCUACAUCAGACUCCAGAUAGUUCGCAUCUGUGUGCACACGCAAGGGUUGUCUUUAAGGUUUGACCUCAUGUCAGAGCUUGCUGAUGAGUGCUGCAUCUGUCUGGAAGAGUUCAGCAGCCCCGUGACCCUCCCGUGUGCACACUGCUUCUGUCUAAGCUGUAUUGGAGAGUACUGGAGUCUCCAUGGAGUCUGUCAGUGUCCCCUCUGCAAAGCCAUCUUCCCCACCAGACCACAGCUCAAAACAUACCAAAUGCCAGAUCACGGUGCCACGGCUGAAGAAUCAAAUGUUACUUUAAGAGCUGGAGAGGUUCCCUGUGAUGUCUGCCCAACAAAGCAUCCAGCGAUCAAGUCCUGUCUAGUGUGCUUGGCUUCAUACUGUGACCUUCAUCUGGAGCCCCACUACAAGGAUGCAGCUCUCUGGCGCCAUCAUCUGAUCAGUGUGGUGAAGAACCUGGAGGACUCUGUUUGCCGUCUGCAUGGGAAGCAGUUAGACCGGUUCUGCAGAAGUGAUCAAACAUGCAUCUGUGGCUUAUGUGCCUACACAGACCACAGAGGCCAUCAUAUUAUUACCACUGCAAAGGAAGCAGCAAAAAAGAAGGUUCUACUAAAACGGAGAAGGUUAAAGCUUCAUCAGGUGAUCCAGGAGGCACAAGCUAGCGUUGAGGAGAUAAAUCUUUCCACAGACAUCAUGAGAGAAAAUCAGAAGGAGGCCUGGACACGAUGUAAAGAGCUCAAGGAGAUGGAGGAGGAAAUCUCUCAGUUACAAAGCACAAACUCUGAGCUGGAUGAGCUCUUGCAUAUCGAAGAUGACCUUCAAUUCCUACAGAUGUGCUGCAAAAGUGCCACAAUGAAGAAUAAAUUAAAACUUAAAAGGCUGAUAACUUUAAAUGUCAAACUGAUAACUUAAAGAGAACUAACUAAAAAUGUGGAAAUACAACAAGGCUUUUAUAUGUUUUACAAUGCAUUUAAUUUCUUCAUGUAAGAAAGUAUUUCCAUUUUUUUCCAAUUCAUUUAUUUUGGCACUUUAAGUAUCACAACUGUAAUUAAGGAAAAAGAAUGAAUACCUUUGGUUGUUUUUGUUUAUCAGCAGUGUCUGUAUGCCAGUCUGAUUUAGUAACUGGGUGUUGAUCACAACAAUACUGGAGAAACAAGUUCUUUUCUUGCAAGAUUUUACUUGCUUUGAAUGCUUGAACCCAUUCAUGGUUGGGCGUGUACUGUAACUACCUUUUUCCCCUCAACAAAUAUAUGCAAUUAACAUAUUCAUUACAAAAGGUGCAGUACUGCAUUAAACCAGCAGGAAAAAUAAUAAAGCUUCUAAUAAUUAAUGAUAAAAUCUGCUAGGCAUUAAAGAUAAACAAUGUGAAUCUAAUAUGAUUAGCGUUUACAUUUGUAGUUUUUCAAGAAUAUUUGAACUGUGCAUUAUUUAUCGAUGACAUAUUAUCUUGUUUAACGUCUGUGAAAUAUGCAUUGGGUUGUAAAUCUACUAACAAAUCAGGUGUUCAUUAAUAACAGUCUCCUACUUUCCACUA